AUGCCAAACUCGCGGGCCCCGUUACGGCGAAGAAGCGAGGCCUCGUCUUAUCUUGUGCGUUCGCCAAGUGCGGCGACUAGCGUAGACAACACGAACAGUUGCGCGAGUGGCGCUUAUUAUAGCAAGCGACGGCCGAGGUUGGCGGAUGCGCCGGCCCUUGACGUGCUUAGCUUGGGUCUGCGCGAGGAUGGCGCCGCCGCCGCCGCCGCCAGCACCCCUGUGACGAGCGCAGGCGUCUUUGUGACGCCGAACCCCAUUCUCGCCACUCUAUCGACAAGUGAAUGGCUCAUGUCCUCCAGAGCCCACUCAGCGGACCCCGCGCCGCGCUCGCCGUCGGGAAAGCCGCCGUUGCUGGGGGUGGUAGUGACCGCCGAGGUCGGCGGGUGGCUGCGUGUGCGGGACCAACGAAAUGGCACAAUUCACUACCAGCGGCGUCUGCGCUCUAGGAGUAACCCAUUGUGCCUCUGUUGGAGCUUCGCGGCCUGCUGCAGCUUCUUCGUGGGCCAGCAGUGUGGCUUGGUGACGAUGCUGCAACUGCAAUAUGAAAGCAUGAUCGAAGUCGCCGACUGCGUGCUUCACGAAGCCGCGAUUGUGGCGAUGGCGCGUGUUUUUGUGCCUGCACGCGAAGGCGCAGACGCCGAAGUUGCUGCCGAGAGAAACUCUGGCACGGCGCGGGAGUUGUUGCUGACCCUUGACGCAAAUGGCGUUUUGGCCGUGUGGAAAACGGCUGGCCCUCACUGUCUGCAGAAGCUUCAGCUACCGCACCCGCCUUUUCGGAGUCUGACUUCGGAUGAGCGUCUGCCGGGUGGCGUCUUUGUUCCCGGUGGAGUUGAGGGGGCGUUGUCGGCAGACGACGGGGGAGGCAGAGCCGGCGUGUUUGACGUCGCGCUGCUGGAGUGCCCGCAGGAGGUGGGGGUGGCCUGGAGGACGCGCAUGACGUACGGCGGCGCGAGGGCGGCCGUCAUCUCCAUGGCACUCGCCCCGCGCCAUGGUUCAGCGGCGACAACGCUGACGUUGUGGGGCGGAACGGAGGGCGGCGCACUUCAUAUGUGGGACGUGGACAGCGGCGCGCCGUUGCGCGUUGUGGAGGAGGCCACUCCCUCGUGUGCGCCGGUCCAUUACCUCCACUGCGCCUCCUGCCUGGACCCCCGGCACGUGUGGGUCUGCACGCGCGGCGGCAGCGUCACGCUGUGGGACACGGAUCGGCUGAGGAUGCUGGCUGAGCUGCCGGUGAGUUACCCGCGGGGGCCCGCCGUGGGCGGCCAGCCCUCCACACCCCUUCGUCCGAACUGCGGCGCCUGCGAGAGGGACGCGGACGCGGACGCGUGCUUUCUGCCCCAUUUGGUCCCCGACGCUUCGGAGGCCCCCGCGCACUUUACCCUCUUCAUGAGGCCGAUUGAGCCGGUGCUGACGCUGCGGCUCUGGUCCGCCGCGACGGACGGUGCAGUGCGGUCGUGGCUGUGCCAAACGAACCUCUCGGAGUUUUCUCUGCGGGAGGCGGCGCCGGCAAGCGCCACGGACGGCGUCCCCAGCUUCAUUGCCGGGGAGACCGUCCGUGCCUUUAUUGUGGGAAAGGCCCGGGGGCUUGCGGAGGAGGCCGCCGCGCUGCGCAGGGACGUCGCACGGCGCACGCGCGAGGCUGCAGCGCUGCAGGCGAGGAACCGCGUCCUGGCGGAUGCCUUGAAGACAGCCACCGCCCGCAUUGCCAGUCACCGCGCCGGGGAUGACGUGGCAGACGCGAAGCCGCCUGUGGAGUCGCCGCCGCCGCCGCCGCCGCCGCCGCCGCCCCGACAGCUGCCCCCGUCGCCGUUGGGAGAGUCUCCGCAUGUCAAGUCGAUGCGAAUUACGUUGGAGGAACUGCGCCGAAGGCUGCAGGACGCCUUUGCCGAAAAUGAACGCCUUUCCGCAGACAAAAUGGCGCUGCGACUGCGGCUCGCUGAGCAACUGCCGCGGCUUGAGUCGGCCCAAGAAGCACCGGCCGCAGUACUGCUCCCUGUGGCGGUCGCGGAGGAGGAGCCAGCGGCUGUGAAGCGUCUGCAGGAAGAGCUUGCUGCGUGCCAGGCGACGUGCAAAAAGUAUAUGCUUCAUUGGCGAAAGGAGCAAACGCGCCGUGAGGCGGCAGAGGAGGAGUGUGAAGCGUGCAAGCGGCGCCUCCGCACGCUGGAGGGGGAGCGGCGCCGCGCGCAGACUCUACUUUCACGCCCUCCCACUGAUGCUGCCGCACGGGCGCAGGGUAACGCCCGCCAGCCUGCACAAGAUGAAGGCGUGGAUGGGGACAGUUCUUUGGAAAAGCUUGCCUUUUGUUGCGGGACCUUGAGUGGAAGAAGAGACGCCGCCAUCGAGGAGGCGGCUAGGCAUGACUGGGGGUCGACAUGGAGUGAACUCAUCCGGCGGGAGCAGCGACUGGCGGCGGCGCAAGAGGCGACGGAGGAGACAUGGGGCGAGGUCCAGCGGGCGCGGGCGGGGGCGGAGGCGGAGGCGGCAGAAGUGCGCCGCACGCGGCAGCGGCUGACGGAGCGGGAGGCGAAGCUGCUGGACCACGCGGAACGGCUGUGCGCCCUCGAAGAGGAGCUGCGGCGCAGGGAGCGGCGCAUGUUCCAACGGCGGAGCCGCAGCCGAUGA